AUGAAUCUCGCCUGGGUACCGCACCUCAUUGUCCUGGGAACGCUGCUGGGAGCCGGCUACACCAGUACCGAUACGGCAGAUACCUGGUGCUACGAAGACCCAAAAUGCGGUCCAGAGACAUGGGCAGCUCUGGGGCACUGUAACGGCACCAGGCAGUCCCCGAUCAACAUCGUCACCCCUGCGGCUGUCCACAAUCCCCACCUGGGAGCUGUGUCCCUCGCUGGCUAUGGGGAUGCUAGGAAGCUUAUCUCCAUGGAAAACACGGGGAAGACAGUGUACGUGCAUUUAGCGGAUGGGCUCCAUCUCAGCGCCCAGGGGCUCCCAGCUAUCUACACAGCCAAAUCCUUCCACCUCCACUGGGGCCAGGGGGCAGCCCGGCCUGGCUCAGAGCAUUUCAUCAAUUACAAAAGUUUCUCCAUGGAGCUCCACAUUGUUCAUACCAAGAAUAACCUGAGCAUGGCUGACGCCCUCAAGGAUCCCGAGGGAAUCGCUGUGCUGGCCUUCUUCCUCCAGGCAACAGCCCACACACGCCCCUCCCACUCCUGGGAUUCCUUCACCCGGCAUUUGAAGGACGUGGCUCUGAAGGGGGAGGAUACGGAUCUGGAUGGCUCCUUCUCCCUGCGGGAGCUCCUGGGCUCGGUGGAUCUAGCCCGCUAUUACCGCUACCACGGCUCCCUCACCACCCCCAACUGUGACGAAGUCGUGGUCUGGACUGUCUUCCCCGACCCCAUCCUGGUGCCUCCUGGCGUGGUGGCUGCGUUCCCCUCCAUCCUCAACUCCACAGACUCAGAUGCUGGGCCUCGGUUGCAGAACAACUACCGGCCUCUGCAGAGCCUUGGGGAUCGCCAAGUGCAGGCCUCGGCGGCCCUCCGAGUCGCCCCCAGCUCCUCUUCCACCCCGCGGCCUGCAGCCUUGAUCCCUCUGCUCAUCAGUACCGCAGCAAUCGCCUGGCACCUAUAG